AUGGACUCCUCCUUCGAGAAACACGGGUUUGACGAGUCAGCGUUUGGGGACAAGGGCUUGUCAGGGCUGAGGACGUUUGAUGCAUUUCCCAAAACCAAGCCCAACUACACCUCUGCUACCGCUCGCGGUGGUCAAUGGACCCUCGCCCUUAUAAUACUAUGUCUGUGCCUGACAGCCUCGGAGCUGCGCACAUGGUGGGCCGGAACCGAAACGCACCAUUUCAGCGUCGAGGGCGGCGUGGGCCAUGAACUCCAGUUAAACCUGGACAUUGUCGUGGCGAUGCCGUGUCGCGAUUUACACGUCAAUGUGCAGGAUGCAGCGAUGGAUCGGAUCAUGGCGGGCGACUUGUUGAAGAAGGAGGACACGAAUUUCGAGCUCUGGCUGGACCCGCGAAAGCUGUUUCGGUUGAGGAAGAUGCAGCAGGGGAUGUACCACGGUCUCCACGAAGGAGACCGGAAAAGGAAGAAAGCCGAGGAAGAAGACUCCCACGUCGGCCACGUCCUAGGACACAUGCGCGAGAACAAGGGCCGCAAGUUUGCCCGGUCGCCCAAGCUCCAGAAACACAUGCCGGUCGACAGCUGUCGCAUCUACGGGUCCCUCGAGGGCAAUAAAGUGCAAGGCGACUUCCACAUCACGGCGCGCGGACAUGGAUAUAUGGAGUUCGGAAUGCAGUCACACCUGGACCACAACCUGUUCAAUUUCUCACACCACAUCAAUGAGCUCAGCUUCGGCCCACACUACCCAAACCUAUUGAACCCGCUGGACAGGACGAGCGACACCACGGAGGCGCACUUCAUGCGCUAUCAAUACUACCUCUCGAUCGUGCCCACGAUCUUCACGAAACGCCGAGUCUCCACGAAGAGCGGCAGCCUGGAUCCCGCCGCACUCCCGCAGCCUCCCACGCUGGACUUGACGCCCAACACGAAGCGCGACAAGGACGGAAUCAUACGCCACGUCCCGCACCCGGAACAAGGCCGGGACACGAAAUCCAUCUUCACGAACCAGUACGCUGCACAGUCGCAGUCCCGCGAGGUCCCCACGUCGACCGUCCCGGGCAUCUUCUUCAAGUACGACAUCGAGCCCAUCCUGCUCAUCGUCAGCGAGAACCGGGCGAGCCUGCUCGGCCUGCUGGUCAGGCUGGUGAACGUCAUCAGCGGCGUGCUGGUGGGCGGAGGCUGGAUGUUCCAGCUGGCCGAGUGGGCCGCCGAGGUCUGGGGCCGCAGGAAGCUGAGGAGGAGCGAGACCGGUCUCGGGGUCCUGGACGGCGGCUUCAAAUUGAACGGCGAUGCCAACGGGGAUAUGAAGCAUUAA